AUGUCCGCAAUUGAGGUCAAAGACGACUACAAUCUUCAGGAGGCGUGGGACAGAGCAUGUGGGUCAUUCGCGCAGACAACCAAAGUCGAUCUGACCGCAUCGCCCAAGUAUACGGUCGAUGAAGUGCUUGAUCAAAUUCGGGCCAAGCAAGAUGAGGACGACGAGAAGAACAAUAAGUACAGAGUCGCCAAGGAUGUGAUCGGCAAAACAUUGACCUUUAUUACUGUUCUGGGGGGCAUCGCCGCCCAGGGCGCCAGCAUGGUUUUUGCACCCAGUAGCCUGUGCUUCAAUGCGAUUUCCUAUCUCAUCAACACGGGCGCCAAAUACAAGCGCAUUUUCAGCAGUCUGGCGGAGCUAUUUCGGCGGAUCUCUGAUGUGUUGGAGCGCUGCAAGAUUUAUAUGCGCUUGCCUCCAGACGCGGUGGAUAUCUCCCUCCGGAAGAUCAUCAACGAGGAGCUCGUGUGCUUCGUCGAUAUUUGUGCUCUGUCUAUCAAAGUCCUCAAAGGUCACAAGAUCUUUACUGCGCUCAAGGUCUUUGCAUUCGACAGCGACGAGGGUGUGAGUGCCCAGUUGGGUCGUCUGGCUGCCCUCGUUGAGCGCGAAUCCCAAAUGCGGGGCACGCUGGGAUACGAGUCGCAAAAAAUCACCGAGAGGAUUGUCAUUGAGAACCGAGACGGCACUAGGAAGAUUAGUGCAUCGGUGGACAAGCUUCUUACGUUUGAGAAGAAACGGGACGCAGACAGCGCCGCCAAACGGAUUCUCAACACCAUCGAUGCUAGCCUCGAUACCCCCAGUGAAGCGUACAAGAUUGUUCAGACUACUUACAAACGUCUCCUAAAUGGACAAGUUCCAGACAGCGGAUCGUGGCUUCAAACGGAUCCUUUGUACGAUGCAUGGAUUUCAACCCAGCAUUCACCGUGCUCGAUCCUGGGGGUCUCGGGAGCUGAAGGGUAUGGGAAAUCGUUUCUUUUCGCUGCUAUCAUUAAGCACUUGCAGGAGAGAGAUACCCAGGAUGCCGAUGACCUGACGUGCGUCUCAACCGCCUACUAUGUCUUUGAGCCGGAACAGAAGGAUACCUCCCUGAUCAAGGCCCUGAAAGUACUUGCAUGGCAGGUUGCGAACAUCGACAUUGUAUAUCGCAAAGAUGUAAGCUCCGUUCAAACGACUGGAGUGAACCAGAUAGCAAGCCUCUGGGAGCUUCUAUUUGCUAAGUCGUACAAGAGCGACUCGACUUUCUUCCUCCUUCUUGACGGCGUGGACCGAAUGGAUAAGGCUCAUCUCAAAGAGUUUAUCCAAGUCCUCGCAAACCUGCAGACUGUGUCUGAAACCUGGCCUCGCUUCAAGCUUCGAGUCCUCCUGUCUGGACGGGAUGAGACCAUGGAGAAUAUGAAAAGGCAAAUCGGAGAGGGAAUUUCGAUCAUGGAUGUGGCUUCCAGGAACAGUGAUGAUAUGCAGAAGUUCAUUACUGACCGCAUGAACAAGAUGGACAUCCUUAGUGGCUCAUCAGACCAAGUCAUUCAUUUGCGUAGGGAGAUCCUUGAAGCCCUGACAACCGAAACCCAUGGAGAUUUUGUCAACGUCGGCCUCAUUCUGCAUGAGAUCAGCGGGAAGCAGCGCCCGGGCGAGAUCAGAGACAUCUUGUCAAGAUCUGGAGGGAACCGAUCAGACACGAUCGUGAGAAAAAUGGAGCUCUUGAACGAAACACUUAGUGAUGAGGACAUCUCGGACCUGAACGACCUCCUCACCUGGGUCGUAUUUGGCAAACGCCUGCUCAGUCUUCAAGAGUUGGAGGCAGUUCUCUUCCUGAAGACUCGAGAGUCGUCUCUUCGAUCAUUGGCUGAAAAGAUCACCAGCCAAUAUUCCUCGCUGAUUCGAAUCCAGGGUGAGCCGCACCCAGUAACCAAAAUCAUCCCCCCAUCAUCCUGGGUAUCAAUGGUCUCCGAUUCAAUCGAGGAGUUUUUACGAACAGCUGUGGAGCCUGGCAACCCCGAGGAUGUCGAAAAUGUGGAGCUCGCUGGCGAUGUUAACGAGCUGGAGGUCCGGAUUGUCCGGAGAUUCCUCGAGUCUGUAUGUGACGACAAGUUGUUCCAGAAGUUCGGAUUCGAAGACUUCUUUCAACGAAAACUCAAGGGCAAAACUGCUCGCGUCGGGGUAGACAUUGACAUGGCGCAUUUGAGAAUUGCAGUGGCCUGUUUAGAGGUUAUCAGCGCGAAAGAGUCGCCCGAUACUGCUCCUUUGCUCGACUAUGCGAUCCUCAACUUUUGGGAGCAUCUCAAGGACGCGGACCCUUCACUGACACAUCCGCAACAUAAAACAGCCUUUGGUCCGCUACUGGUGAAGCUGUUUACAGAAGAGGAGACGAUUGAGCGAUGGUGGACUCAGGAGAAUACCUGGCUCCGGCUGUGGAUUUUUACUGACGAGCUCUCGGACCCAGUAUUGAAAUGGUUACGGGACUCGGCCGUCACGAAGAACCUGUCCAGUGAGCAAAGCAAGUGGGUAAAGAGCCUGAGCUCCAAGUCCGAGCCCGAUGCAGAUCUUUUCGAACACAUUGCUCGGUUCAUGGCGCGUACUUGGCUUCAGUCCGGCGUGGCUGAAAUUGUCUACACCUUCAACACGGUGUAUGGAUAUAUCAAUAAGAUCGAGAACCGCAAAAAUCCUAGCAUCAAAAGAAUUACUGGUGACAAGGACAUUGAGAGCAUUGAAGCAUCGCAGAUUUUCGAUACAGCGGAAUGGGCACAGCGUCAAAUUGGACUUAAGAGCUUGGGCUACGAAGAAACUCGCAAUCUGGCACGUACACUCCGGGAGCACGGGAAGUACACUGAGGCCAUUGAACAAUUCAAGCUUGCCUCUAAUUUCGAGAAUGACAACUGGGUUGCCCAAUGGGGACUUGCAGACUGCUAUGCUUUCCAAAAGGAAUAUGACAGGGCGAUUGAGAUAUUAGAGGCCGUGAAGAAGAGAAUUGAGACCGGCGAGGUAGCCGAGAGUGAAGAUGCGAGAGUAGAUCUUCCGUAUAUCUCCCGCGACCUUGCGGAGUGGAAUAAAGAGGCCGGCCAUAGCGAGCAAACGCUUGCGAUAUACGAGGGCUUGCUCCGGGACAAUCCGGACGACUGUGACACCGUGCUAUCACUCAUGAUGCUCUUCCACCAGAAUGAGAAUUACCCGGGUCUGCUCGAGUUUCUCAAGUCGCGCAAGGACUCCAUGGAAGAAAGCUCAGGAAUGGACCGUUGGACACAGGCAUUCCACGCCCACUAUAACAACGAGGAGUACCACGAAGCCCUUUUCGCGCUGGCAUCCGCCCAGGAGAAUUUCGAUAUGGUUCUCGACAGCUAUAAUGUUGCCGCGACAGCCGCUCAAAAGCGAUACAGUGAGGCGCGAAAUUCGGGCAAUACCUCCGAAGAAGAGUUCAGCCGGGUCUGCCAGGCUUUGCUGAUGCACAAUGCUGCGCUAUUAUCUUACAAACAUGCUGGUCAUAAUGUCGAACGCACAGAAUUUGCCAUCGAUCAGUGGAUGCGUGUUCUGCAGAUGGAUGAACGAGAGGAAUCAUACCUGUCACAUGUGAAAACCUUCGUCUGCAACAAGUUGGCAAGGGUUUGCUUUCAGGAAGCUCGCCGAGAUCCGGCGACUGCUGGGCCUUAUCUUGAGCAUCUCAACGAAGUGGCAGUCUUCAAAAGUACUGGUAGUCUAGGCUGGGGUUACGAUGGGGCGUAUCCAACGCGACUCCUUGCUCGAUGGCACGCGUUGCAAGGUGACGAGCAGAAGGCCAAGGAUGUCCUCCGCGCUCAUGUCAAGCUCAAUAUGGACAUUCUUUCAGACGAGGAUCCGCUCAAUGACUGGCAAGGAUACCGGGGACUGGCAAUGCAUCUCAUGUUUGCCGGUCAGGAGGCCGACGCCCUUGCUGCGUGGUCUUUAAUUGUUCCUGUGGAUGACGAAAAGAGUGAGGACAGCCAGUCGGGAGAUGGCAGCGCGGACAAGAAGCUCGAGGGCCCAUUGAGAGACGUUUGUGACGGAGACUGCGACACCAAGUGGACAUUCUCUGAUGAUAUCUACGUGUGUCGGGACUGUGAUUACAUGGAGUUCGACGAGCGCUGUUUGAAAAAGUUGCGUGAAGGAACUCUGGGCAGUUUUAUCUGCGACAAGGAUCACGAGAUGAUGCAUGUUCCAGCUUAUGAUCCUGCUAAACGUCAGAGAAUAGGCGAAGGUAAUGUGCAGGUUGGAGAACAUAUUCUCCCGAUCGAAGAGUGGCUCGAGAGGAUCAAAGCAGACUGGGCGAUCAAAUAG